ACUUUAUUUUAGAUUUUGGGUUUUUGUCAAUGACAAAACUCUGGUGAUGUGACGACUGUCUGCACCAUGAUUGGUUCUCCCUGACCCCUCCCCUCUGUGCUGAUAGGACAAGACGAGCGCGCUCAGUCUGAGCAACGUGGCCGGAGUGUUUUAUAUUCUGAUUGGCGGCUUGGGGCUCGCCAUGCUCGUGGCUCUGGUCGAGUUCUGCUACAAGUCUCGGAUCGAGUCGAGGAGGAUGAAGGAGCUCAUAGACGCCGCCAUGAUGAGCACCAGACUCGGUGGGAUGGCGGGAGGAGGAGGAGGCGUGGCGGCUGUGGGCGGUUUUGGAGGAGGGGCUUCGGGUCUCGGAGGCGAGAACGGCCGCGUGGUGGCGCACGAUUUCCCAAAAGCAGGAGCUCAAGGUUUACCCUGCAUGAGCAAAGCUGCCGGCAUGGGACUGUCCACCGGCAUGUGACCAAAACCCUGACUCCUGAUUGGACGGAAUGCUCCUGUCUGUCUGUCGGUGAGGAGAGAGUGAAGGAGACGAGGGGAAGGAAAGAAGAGAAGAAUAGAUGAGAGUUGGAGGUUAAUGUGCGAAAAUAAGAAGAGGAGAAGGAAUGAGAAAGACAGAAAAGAAGAAUGGAUGAAAAGAGACAGAAAGAAUGAGACUGGAAAGUGAGGAGGGGAAGUAGAGAAAGAAUAAAUAAGAGGCAGAGAAAAGGAUGAUAAGGGAAAGAGGAGAGGGACAGAAAUGAAAGAAGACAAUGGGUGAAAAGAAAAAUGGUGAUGGAAGGAAAUAAGAUGACGGACAGAUGGACAAAGAAAAGAGAGACCAGAGGUGAUGAGAGAAAAAGGUGGAGGGAGUAUGAAGAAGGAAUGAUGAGGGAUGGAGGCAGCAGAAGUAAAAGAAGGGAGAGGAUGGAGGGAGGAAGACGAAAAGAACAGUGAUGAGAUUUGAGGAAAGAUAAAAUAAGAACAGAGGAAAGAUGAGACAGGAAAAAAACAAAGGGGGAAAAGGAAUAAGACAAGAGGAGAGAAGAAAGACAAAACGAGGAGAUCAGACACAGAGAAAGAGAAGAACUUGUGGGGGAAAGAAGAAUGAAGAAGAAGAAGACAUGUGACGGGCCGACAGCAGGAGGAGCGUUCACGUUCACAACAGAGAAAACUGACUCAGCUCCUGCAAGACGAGCGACUGGGCUUAAAAACCAGAAGCUCCACUUUUUCUAUGCUCCUCCUCUUCUUCAAUAACAGAAACUGAGGAGGGAAACUUCUUAAAAACUCAACUGACCGACUUUUCUUCCUCCUUUUCUUAUUCUACCCUUCACUCCUCCUCCUCGUUUCGUCACGUUCACACAAAAUGCCACUUUCAUAUGAGAGAGUUUGAGCAUGUUUUCAACCUUAAGACUUCACAGACGAACACGCGUGUGCCGAUGGAGAGACCUGAGGAAAACGUGUGAAGAUGUAUUUGUCCCGAUUUAAUUUGUGCUGAAAAUUCUCCUAUAACUUUAUUUUGUGGCGAAUAAAACUGAUGUGAUGUUGACGUUAAAGGUCCGAGUCUGAGGUGACGUGUUCAGAUGUUUGGUUUCAAUCAACACUACUUCAGUGAUUAUUCAAUCAUCAAAUUCACUGAAAUUAACAGUCAACUGGUCCGAUAAUUAAAAGUGAAAAUAUGAAUCAAUAAAAUCCUGGUUCUACUGGUUCCUGCUGGAAUUUAAAUGUAGAAAACAACGAGUGAGAAACUCAACGUUUUAGAGUAAAGACGGAAUAAAUUCAAUUAAUAUGAGUUAAUUUAAUGAUAAUUCAGAGUUACGAUGCUAAGAUGACGGACAGGUCAUGAACAAGGCUGUAAGAUAAAUCUCAGAUGUUAUUUUUACACACAGUGUUGGCUAAUGCUAGUGAAAAUGCUAAGCUAACAUCCACCAAGACAGGGGAAACGAUCUCAUUAAUGACCUGAAGACGAUGAAGAUGAUGAUGAAGAUGUUGACGUCCUGAUUUUUUUACCGUCAACUUCUUCUACAGGUAUGCUAACAUGCUAACAAGCGCAGAUUGUGUUCUCCUUCCUUUUGUUUUCUUCGUCUAUGAAUCAGAUCAGUGAAUCUUUUCUCAACAUACUUACACAGAACAAAGUUACACUGUUACUAACAUCGUCACGAGCCGAGGAAAUCAAUUCUACAACUCAUUAAUAAGAAGAACAAGAAACACAACAAUAACAACAACAACAACAAAAACAACAACACACAUCCAGCAAAACAAACCAACAGCCUCUAAAAUAAAAACUAAGUCCUUCUGAUCUGACAUUUACCGUUUUAUUAUUUCAGAGAAUUUUACUGCAGCUGCUGAAAACGUCCGGACACGAUGUUGCUCGUUCACAGGAACAAAAACACCAUCGGGGGGGAAGCUCCGGUAAAUUGGGGGUUAGGUUGCGUCCAGUGACGGAUCUCUGGAAGUCUGCUCAUCUCCACUGAUCGUCUUUAAAUCUCAGACAUGUGAUAAUCAAACAGCUGCUGAGCUUCACGUCACGUGAUUCCACAUCUCUCCUCUCUUUUCUUUUCUUCUCUGAGCCGCAGACGCAGCCCCAGAAGCUUUUAUACAAAUAUCAGGAAUAUGAUAUGUUCACAUUUGUAUGAUAAGAAUGAAACAUGUGCUACACCUGUAAAUAAUGUUCUUUUUAAUCCAGUCAUGAUUUAUAAUCUUUUGAUUUUGUUGAUUCCG